UGCAAGCUUGCUAAGUUGCAUACGUACAUUUUGCACGUAUUUGCUGUGUAUUUCAAAAUUGAUUGGAUUUCCGUCACAAUCAGUGAAAAAAACCUACGGUCAAGACACUACGCCAUCUUGUUAUAUUAGUCGGCUGGGAUAAAACAUGUCUAUAACGGGCGGUCAAUACGGCACUGCCCAGGAUGCUGACGGAGACACUCCCGUGUAUAAGUAUCACAGUAUCGAAAAAAAGGCGUCGUUUGGCGGUGAAGAUGAUGUUGAUGCAAUCGAAAUCACCAAUAUACCUGACAUAGAGAUAGGCGUGGAGAAAGAUGGCGGCCUCAUCUAUAAAAUCAGCGACCCGACUCCUGUGCACCUUACCCUUCUUUUUGCGCUGCAGCAAGCUCUUUUGUCCCUGUCUACGUCACUGGCGGUGUCCCUGCUUGUAGCCCAGGUCGUGUGUGCCGAAGACAACGAUGACUUCAAGGCCAAACUUCUAAGCUCCUCUCUAUUUAUGAACGGAAUCACUACACUUCUAAUGAACACCCUAGGAAUAAGACUGCCACUGUACCAGGGGGCUACACCAGAUUAUGUCGCCCCACUACUGGCCAUGGCUGAUAUAGACAAAGACAGGUGUAAUAACACACGGCUCAUUUCAGUUUUCAACAACACCACAAACAUGACAGAAUUGGUGUUUCCUGAGGGUACUGAUGAAAUCAUUCUGCAGGCAGUCCAGGGGCUACAGGGCAGCUUAUUGGCUGCUGGUGCUAUACAUUUUCUGAUAGGAGCCACUGGAUUGGUUGGAUUUUUGCUGAAAUUUAUAGGACCUAUCACCAUUGUUCCGACUAUCCUAUUAUUUGGAAUAUACAUGACGAAGUCCAUCACGAAGUUCGCACGGGUCCACUGGGCUCUGGUGAUCGGCUGGCUACUAUGUGGUAUACUGACGGCGGCCGGCGUGUUCAGCACAGACAGGGCCAGUAAGGACUAUUACUCUAGAACAGACGCAAGAACUGAUGUCAUAAGUAGAGCCAGCUGGUUCUACUUCCCCUAUCCCGGUCAGUUCGGGAAAAUCAGCUUCAACUUAUCAGCGUUUGUUGGAUUUUGCGUGGCAACAAUUGUUUCCAUACUGGAUUCUAUAAGUGACUACUACGCGUGUGCAGCGACUUGCAAUGUUCCUCCGCCUCCUGCACAAGGUGUUAAUCGAGGUAUCGCAAUUGAAGGAUUAUGUAGUGCACUUUCGGGAGUGAUUGGUUGUGGUCACGCGACUACCACGUAUGGCGGGAAUGUUGGAGUGAUAGGUUUGACAAGGGUUGGAAGUCGUCAGGUUUUUAUUGCCGUCGCCCUCAUCUAUAUAGUAUUUGGUGUCAUCGGAAAAGUAUCCGCUGUUUUUAUCACAAUACCGUAUCCAGUGCUAGGUGGCGUGCUCAUCGUCAUGUUUGGUGCUUUCAAUGGCGUCGUCCUGUCCAAUUUGAAGUAUGUCGAUCUGUCGUCCACUCGGAACCUUGCGAUCAUCGGAACUUCUCUACUUGUUGGUCUGAUGAUCCCUCACUGGGUGGAGGCGUACAAUAACGCCAUCAGUACAGGUAACAGAGAAGCAGACGACGUCAUCAAAAUGUUGCUAGGGAACCCUAACCUUGCUGGCGGUGUCCUGGCAUGUUUCCUUGACAACACAGUUCCAGGAACUAGAGAGGAGCGAGGCAUUGCGGCCUGGGAGACACCAGAUGAUACCAGCGCUUCCGCUACCACUGGGUCCGACUACUCAGAAGGGUACGAAGUGUAUAACCCUAUCUUCUAUGAUAGGUACAAGAAUUCCAAGAUACUACGGUUUCUACCUUUCAUGCCAAAUCCUCCUGUAAAAAACACGCUUCAUCAGAGGAGUUCGUCUCAAGAAUUAAUCAGUUGAUAUUGUCUUACUGGUUCAACCGUCCCGGCUUACACAAGCUGAGGUGCCACAGCAUAAAAGCAGUAUUAUACAAUGCUAUUAUUACAUUUAAAUAGAUUGAAUAAUACUGAGAUAAACAGGAAGGACUAAAAGAGAUAAUAUCGGGAUCGUAAUGCGAUACAUUUGAAGCGAUUUUUUUUUCUAUCAGCUCUUUAAUCUGUAUAUUUAGAUAAAUAUAAACUUUAUUUAUUUUACAACAAUUAUGAAACAAGUUAUGUCAACUUAUAUUAAUCACUCUUGUUGGUCCUGAUGUUAGCGCGCGGGGUCUUAGUGUAGGAGGCAACCGGAGUGCACGGAGAAAACCCACGUAGUCGGCCAGGUGACCCCAUAACUUUUCACGUCCGAUCGGGGAAUCGAACCUCGGCCGCCUUGGUGAAAGGCAAGUGCGCUAUCCACUGCACCACCCGACCACCCUAAUCUAGAUAACAUUGUUUGCUCAAAAAAAUACCUCUUUGUUGACUAAUAUGCUAUUUGUUGUUUUAUCACAAUCUGUGAGUAAGGAAAACUAGAACAUUAACUAGCUUGAACCUUUCUUAUUCACCCAUUAAACAUGUUGACCAAUCGACCAUAUUCAAGUAUUACGUCCCUGAACUGCAAAGGUUUUAUAUCCAGAAAUGUCAUCAAUAAACUUUUUAAAUGUUUGAUUAGGUGUUGAAAUAAUUUAGAAAAUAUGAAUUGUUUUAGUGAAAUUCCUGAGGUUAUAGAUGUGAACUUGUUUUAGUCGUUUCAACUUCUGCGUCAAUGCUGACAAGUUUCAUCUAAAUAAAAACAUCAAAGAACAUUAAGAGCGAUAACACGCGUCAAGUUUCUGUGUUUGAGAUAACGUGAGCUUAUUAAUUUUGUAUACAUUGCUUGUAAUAUUUAACUUGUGCUCUUGUGUGAGAAAGGGUAUUUCUAUCUAAUCUCGUGUCUUGUACCAAGUAACGUAUAUGCUAUUUGUUGUUUUAUUUCAAUCUGUUGAGUAAGGAAAACACUAACGAGCAUGAACCUUUCUCAUUUACCCAUUAAACAUGUUGACCAUAUCAAGGUAUUACGUUCAAGAAUACUUGUGUGAGGAAGGGUUUUUCUAUCUAAUCUUGUGUCUUGUACCAAAUAACUUAUACUUGCAUUGGACUUAUUGUUGUGCAUAGCAUUUCAUAAAAUACUAUUACUAUUUUGUUACUUCUGGGGUUUUUUGUGCGUUGAAAAUGAUAAGUGUCCUUUCAGUUUUAAUAUUAUCCAGAUUCGACCCGGUUCAUGGUCGUAUUGCUCGAUGGUCCUUACCUUCUAGAUACCCUAGCUCGAAAAUGAAUAGCGAUAAACAUGCGUUAUGCUCGUUAAACAUAAUUUCAAUGAUUGAGAGACUAAACAAUUUGUUUUCAUAAAUAUUUUUACAACGGAUGAUUAUACUUAUACAUGUAUAUAAAGAAUUUCAGUAUUUUCUAUUGUCAAU